CACACAGGCUCAAAACCACCCUACAUGGCCGAGACCUCAUGAGACAGACCCCUCUUGACAGUGUUCCUCCACACUAGACCGGUAGCCUUUGACCUCCGCAGCACCUCUGCCUCUCUUGUGCGGCUGCCCUUGCAUUCCAGUACAGAUGUGAAACCUGAGCCCGUGGUGAGCUCAUCUCCGACCCGCACAUUUUCAAGAGUUAAAUGAUACCAAAAAAAAAUAAAAAGAUUGUAGAGGAACAAGAAAACAGGGAGAGCAAAAAAAAAAAAAAAAAGGGAGAGGCAUCCACCGGUUUAGGACAGGUCUGGAACUGGUUCUGUUUGUGUCUAGAAGCCAAGGCAGCUCAGGGGUUAAGUUACAUGAGAGACAGCGAGCAGGAAAGGGGAAGAAGCCGUCUUUUGCUUGUUGUCGGUCUCCUUUUCCUUCCAGGGUCUGACUGACUGCUACCUUCAUUUUCCUCUUGACACGCGCUAGCAAGCCACUCGCCCUCCCAUAUGUGCUUAAAGUUUAACGACCUCAUAUGGAGGAGCUGUCCUGGGAUGUGAAGGUGACCCGGUGAGCUUGUGUUUGCCUCUCUUCUUCUCUGCAAUGACCGCAAGUUGUCCAAAGACGGUCUCUGGUUCCAAAUGUCACCCUCCUUGGAGUGUGCCCCACUCUGGGAACAGCAGCAGUGUGUGACGGGCAGACGAAUGUAGCCUGCGGUGGCUCUCUGCCGCGUGGCUUCAAAUGGGCCCUGGAUGAGCUCCGCAUGGCGCAACCAGUGAAGAGUCCUGCUAUGGUCUGACGUCUCAGCAUGGAUGGAGUCAGUCAAAGAACCGGCUGCCACUAAUGAGACCAUUGCUCUUCAGUCGAGGAUUAGCAUUUACAGGAUUACUCACACAUUUUCCUGAUUAUUUCCCAGCAACCAACAUCAUUACCAGACUCUUCAUGGUGGACUUCUUUUUACUUUAUUUGUUGGAUUAAUACAUUAUUUAAAUGUUUUUGUUUGUUUCACUUGCUUACAGUUUUUUAUUAUAGUUUUUCCCCCCAAUUCCUUUUUUCAUUUUCAACUAUGGAGUUUCUGGCUGGACACUGGAAUAAGGAUUGGACUUCAUUCUUUCAGUUUUGGCUGACUGUAAUACUGAGCCUUCAAAUGCAAUUCAGCCCAGGUGCCUCUUGCCCAGAAGAGUGUCGUUGUGACAAAUCAUUCGUGUACUGCAACGAACGCAGCCUGACAUCUGUGCCUCUGGGGAUGCAGGAAGGCUUCAAGGUCCUUUACCUGCAUAACAACCAGAUCAACAAUGCUGGUUUUCCUAUGGAACUUCACAAUCUGGCCUCUGUGGAGACUGUGUAUCUCUAUGGCAAUCAGCUUGAUGAGUUUCCCAUCAAUCUGCCCAAAAAUACCAGAGUACUGCAUCUACAGGAGAAUAAUAUUCAAACAAUCUCUAGGGGAGCCCUAGCACAGUUGACUCGAUUGGAGGAGUUGCACCUUGAUGACAACUCCAUCUCCACAGUGGGGGUGGAAGAAGGUGCAUUUAGGGAGGCACUAAACCUCAAACUCCUCUUCCUCACCAAGAACCACUUAAGCAGUGUUCCCAUCGGCCUCCCGGAGGACCUGAAAGAGCUGCGAUUGGAUGAGAAUAGAAUUGCUGUCAUUGCAGAGGAGGCCUUCCAGAAUGUGACGCAUCUGCAGCGCCUCCUGCUGGACGGGAACCUGCUGACAGACGAGGGCAUUGCUCCAGGGACCUUCCAGGAACUGGCCAACCUUCGAGAACUAGCACUGGCCCGCAACUCACUCACCUUCCCUCCUCCCCUUUUACCUAGCCAGUCCCUGGUCAAACUUAGCCUCCAGGAGAACCAGAUAGACCAGAUCCCAGUAGCUGCUUUUGCAAACUUAAAUAGAUUGGAGAGGUUGGAUGUUUCCAGCAACCAACUUCAGACUCUCACACAGGGUGUCUUUGACAGCUUGUCAAGCUUGAAGCAUCUCAUUGUGCGAAAUAACCCGUGGCGGUGUGACUGUGCAGUGAAAUGGGUGGUGGUGUGGCUAAAGUCAUUGCCUUCCUCCAUAAAUGCCAGGGGGUUCGUUUGUCAGAGUCCAGACAAGGUGCGCGGUAUGGCAAUCCGUGAGCUCACAUUAGAUAUUAUUGAAUGUCCAGUCGAUGCUGACCAGCCAUCAUGGCCCACCCUUCGCUCAACACCUCCUCCUCCACCUACCACCACCCCUCUCACCACCAUGAUCUCCACUCUUGUAACCACAUCGAUUCCUGACUACUUGGAUACGCCUUCUCCACCCUUACCCCCAAUCUAUAACAACCCUCCAGGGCCCCUGCCUCCUUAUGAGGACCCCCUUCAGAUUUCCUUCCAUGUGGCUAACUCAUCUAGUAUAGAGGUGAGCUGGGCUUCCUAUUUCACCGUCACAGCCUACAAGGUCACUUGGGUUAAACGGGGCCAAAGCCAAAUAAAUGAAGGGAUGCAGGAACGGACAGUGAGUGGGGGCCAACGGCAUAUCAGCCUCACCAAUCUGGAGCCCCGGUCUGUGUACCGGAUCUGUGUGCAUGUAUUGGACACUCAUAACUCGUAUAGGCCUGGAGAGGAUACAAUAUGCUCUGAGGCCAGGACAAAGUCAGCCUUGACAACCAAGUCUCCCGGUUCAGGGCAAAAUCCGAAGGAGAGUGUUAAUUCAACGUUGUUAAUGGCUGGCAUCAUCGGCGGAGCGGUCCUCAUCAUCUUAGUAACACUGCUAAGCCUGUUUUGUUGGCACAUGCACAGGAAGAGCCGGUCAUCUUCAACCAAGUGGAAAUACAACCGAGGUCGUAGAAAAGAUGACUACUGUGAGGCUGGAACCAAGAAGGAUAACUCUAUCCUUGAGAUGACUGAAACCAGUUUCCAGAUAGUAGCGCUGAACAACGAGCAGCUGCUCAAGGGAGAUUUCCGCAUUCAGCCUAUCUACACACCCAACGGGGGGAUUGGAUUUAGGGACUGUCACCUCAGUAACAACAGCUUAGCCUACUGCAAGAGCAGCAACGUACCGAGUACAGAGUUUUGCCACACGUGAUGCUGUGGAAAAUAGUGCAGUGGCACACCCACAAACAAACUUUUGACAGUACACAUUUACAAUGUUUGUGUAAACAAUAACAGAAGUGUAAAAAAUUAUAGUGAAAUAUAACUGUACUAUAUAUAUAUUUCCAAGUUCUGUCUAUGAUGUAAUUUAUACUGUGGAUAAUAAUGUCUCUACUAUCUUUUUUAUUCAUAGAAAAAGGAAAUCCAAGUGUUUUUUUUUUAUAAACAGCAGGGUUUUGAAAGUUGUUUUAAUGGUCAAUACUGUACAUGAACACAGAUUUGUACAAUCACGGGACCCUGGGUGUAGCUUCUGGAAAAUGCUGUCAGCCUUUGAAAAUGUUGGGAACUUUGAGGGCUGGGAUAUUCUUUGCUAACCACAGAAGCAAAAAAAAAAAAAAAAAAAAAAAAGGGCCCUUGCGCUUUUGAGAUACAAAACCCUCCCAAAUUCAUAAAAAUAUAUCAUAUACUUUGAAAUGGGACAGAAUGCCUCAUUUGGGGGGGUGGGGGUAUCACUGGUGGUAUGUUGAUGAAACUGAAGUGGAUUUUCCAAUUCAUGGAAACAAUAGGGGCACUUGUUUUGCGUUAUUAUGGAAUAGGUGUGAUUGGAUUAUGUCCUUGCAGAGAUAUCCCAAAAUUGCCUUUAGCUCUAAAUUCUCCUUUACUCUCUUUGCCCAUCCAAGUUGUUAAGAGACACUUUUUGGGAUAACGAUAAAUAGGAUUUGUCAUCUUCUGCACACUAUUGGUUGGGAGCGACUUGAUGAACAUGAACAUGAAAGCAGGAAAGAACGAUUGUCCUCAAGUGCAGAGCAGGAAUGUGCUGAGACGAAAGAGAACACCCCUUUUUUUUCCUCCCCCAGCCUGUUUUAGUAAAUGAGGCCACAAGGUGGCAGUUCUCUCUGCAUAGUAUCCAACUGAGGGUGUGAGACAUGUCAAACGCGGGAAAACAAAGCAAAACAGUUCAUUUUACCAACACCGUUCCCUCCAUAAACUCAUGACAUUGCACAAACAGCAUUGUUAUGACAUUAUUUGGUGUCUUUAAUGAUGUGGAGUCAUUGAAAAGUAAUUACUACUAAUUUGUAUCUCUGUGCUUUGUGGUGAAAUGAUACAGGUUUUCACCACUGUGGCCUGUCAGGCUGGGCUUUUUCGAAGUGAUGAGACCACACACAAUGCUUUACCCAUUUAUGUUGAACUUGUGCAACAUUUCACUGGACGUUUUGGGAUAAGUGUGAUCAUCCAGAAUGCAAAGUGUUCAUGAUUUAUCAUUCAUAGUUUUGGUUUACAAUUUUGUUUCUGUUUUCCAUGUACACAUUAGGAAUAAAUGGAUCUGCCAUUCUCCUUUCUCUGGCUGGUGGCCUCCCUGUCCUUGUCCCAAUAUCUCUGAUCCCAGCAUGGGCUCAAUUAAUGCCGUUUCCCUGGCAGCAGCGCUUACAUGCAAGGUGCCAGUGAGAAUUCUUAAGACGACGCGAUGUGAUUUGACAUUUUAUUUUGAGGGAGCCAAGCUUAAAAGUUCCCACCCUAACCUCUCGGCUCCCCCACCCACUCUCAUAAUCCCCCCACCAAAAAAGCGAGACAAAUAUGUACACUUUACUUGCACUUGGCUGCACCCAGCUCACGCUGGGCAAAAAUGCGUUAACUCUUUGCGCACACCUUUAUGCACAGAUGGAAGGAAAGGGCUCGUAUUCUGUACAUAAGAGCUGUUUCUAGUCCAGGAAUACGGUAGCAACUACAAGACUUUUCACACCCCAUUAUUUAAAAUGUAAGACAUCAUUCAGUGCAAUUAUGUACCAAGUAUUAUACAAAAUUGGUUCUCAUUAAGCCAAAGUAGUCUGUGUUUGACGGAGGCUGAAUAAGAUUAAAUACAGUCACGGCUAUUAUCAUUUUUGAGAAUUUUUUUCAAGAAUUGACGGAUUAUGCCUGUCCCUGCCAAAAAAGUUUAUAUGCCACUGUUUUAAACAAUAGCACAGCACAUUUAAUUUUAUACGUAGGGUUCAUUUUCAUCAGCCUUCUGUGGUUAUCAGAGCAUCUCCACGUUUUCUAUAAAUACAGACAUAGUGUAUCAGCCCACCCAGAAAGUGUCCCAAGUGUUGCUGACCUUCCCUGCUUCAACAAUCGUAAAGCAUAGCUGACUAAGCACUGAACCAACAGUUCGUUGUGUGGUUUGCUCUACAUGCUGCACCCACUGACCAUCAUUUCCUGCACAAAAAGCAACAGAACUUUUCCACCUUGGAAUUUUAUUUUGAAAUCGGGUUGACAAAUAUGUUUUCUCCCCCAGAGACAGCAGUAUAUUUGCCUUACCUUUUUAUGGAGGAUUGAAUGAUUACGCAGACUUUUAGAUAGAACACAGAAUGAGACAUAAGGAGCCACCGACAAGAAUGGCUGAUUGAAAGCACUUUUUUUUUUUUUUUUUGGGCCACAGUGGCGACCAUAACAGUGCCAAUAGGAACAGCGUUAAGUACGACACACACACACACACACACACACACACACACACACACACACGAAUGAGAUGUUUCAUCUGUACUCCCAGACCUUCAGUUUUUUUACACGGUGUUGUUAAUGAUUGGACCAGGCUGGGAAAGCGCUUCAGUGGUUGUUUUUGCAGUAUACCGAGUUCCUCAUUUAAUACAUGGUUGAAGCAUUUAACGCAAUGGAAUUAAAUUCUGGAAUGCAGACUGACUGCCAGUGUUGGUUUGUGCCGUUUAAAUUUUCUUUCGAUUAAGUAAACUUUUAACCACACUUUUCCUCUAGGCAAGCCUUUCACUGCAGAUAUGUAUCAGCAAGUAACACAAAUUUGUUGAUCUUUGCAUGUAUUAUCAUCAUAGCAUAUCAUUUUGUUCAUAGAGUUAAAAGCUUAUUUGAAAGCAAACUGUGUCUGGAAAACCUGAGUUAGCUGCAAAAUUUACAGAGCAUGUAAAAUGGCGACCUUUGAGAUAUUCUGCCUUCCUGGGUUCUCAUUUAUGUUCACCGAGAUGUUUCUUAGGAACCAAAGUUAAGAAUUUCUGUUCUCAUAAUGAAAUGUUGUUGUUCCAUGUAUGUGCCUUGGGGUUGAACUUACAAUGUAAAGUCCUUGAAACCUUUAAAUGUUUUUGCACAAACUGUACAUACUUAUGUGAAUUUCUUUUUUCUUUUUUUUUUUUUUU